GCACUUAACAUCUGUUGCGACACUUCUGGAAAGGGCAAAAAAAGUCAUAUGAUCCAUAUGGUGUGGAUAUAAAAGGCAGUGUGGACAGCGCUCACGGUACAGACAACGCCGCACUGCUCACUGGUCUACACGGUCUUCGGUUUGUCAUUGUGAAGCCGCCCAGCGAUCAGCGCACCGCACCGCACCGCACCGCACGGCCCGCAGCGAAACCUCAUCACUGUAUAUUCACAAAAGAUGGAGCAUCAGAGCGAAGCAAGCAGCGGAAUGAAGCAGGACCUGUCAGAGUCCAUCAAACUGGCCACGAAAGAAGUGCACGAGAUCGCCGAAAAUACAGAGUUCAUGAGGAGUUUCCAGAAAGGCAAUGUGAACCUGGAGGAAUUCAAGCUGGUUCUUUCGUCUUUGUACCACAUCUACACAGCCCUAGAAGAAGAGAUUGAACGCAACAAGUCUCAUCCAGCCUUUGCGCCCCUUUAUUUUCCGGCAGAGCUUCAUCGUGUUGCUGCUCUGGAAGCAGACCUCAAGUAUUACUAUGGAAAUUCAUGGAAGUCCUGUAUCAGUGCGCCCUUGGCCACAGAGCAGUAUGUGGCCCGCAUACAUGAGGUCGGCAAAUUACAUCCAGAGCUUCUGGUCUCUCAUUCAUACACACGCUACCUUGGUGACCUUUCUGGAGGUCAGGUUUUGAAAAAGAUUGCACAGAAGGCUCUUAAUCUUCCACCAUCAGGUGAAGGGCUUGCCUUUUUCAACUUUUCUAAUGUGAGCAAUGCUGCUAAAUUCAAGCAGCUGUAUCGAGCAAGGAUGAAUACACUGGAGAUGAAUGAGGAGACAAGGCAAAAGGUGCUGCAGGAGGCUGUUGAAGCCUUCAUGUUGAAUGUGAAGGUGUUUGAAGCACUGCAAGAGUUAAGCAAUGCCUCCUCUAAAAAGAAGUCAGACAACAAGGAUCUUCGGCAACGGCAGAAGCACACAACUUCUGAAGCCAAAAAAACAAACCACUACAAAAGUUCUGAGACAAGCCUGUCUUCACCCUUCCCAAGUCUGCGGUUGGUCUUUGUCACCUUGUUUGCUGUAGCAACAGUGGUCAUUGGGAUAUACAUCCUGUGAUGAGGAAGAAGAAGUAAUUAACUUGAAAUUCAAUUUAAUGCAGGAUUGGUUCACCAAGUAAUACUAAAAGGGAACCUUGUGGAUUCUUUUUGACACACUGUUGUACCUUGUUUAACUAGUAUUUGUACUAAGAGUCUUUUAAUAUUUCGGUUUCAAUUCCUGUAAAAUUUCAAGCACUUAAUUCUACUUUUAGCAUAAAUGGUGGCUGCUAAUAAUUGCAGAGUUGCUCUCUUGUCCUUGUACCCAAUGUACAAAUAACAGGGCUACUCCUAAAGUCCUGAAAUAAAUCAAUUGUUCUGUUUUUGUAUAUACUGCAUUUAUACUGAGCACUGUGUACUGUACAUAAAAUGUAUAUUUAAUUAUAAAAAUUACCAUGUAAAAUAUAAACAUGAAGAUAGUAAAGACAAUUUACUUAAAUUGAAACUUAAUUACUUGAAAAUGCCAAUACCUAUAAUUG